AUGGGCCGCGCAACUGACUGGUUUCGCUCGCUUUGGACCUCUAAACCCAAGAAGAUUAGAAGCAAGCGGGCCCUCCCGACCUCCGGCAAUAAUUCCGGCCAGUCCAAUAAUCGUUCCGAGGACCCAUUGGCAAGUCCCUUCGCUGAGGGAAUCGAUGCCAACAAGCACGCUAUAGCCGUGGCGGCGGCCACAGUUGCGGUGGCCGAGGCUGCUCUUGCGGCCGCCCAGGCGGCGGCGGAGGUCGUCCGUCUAACCAGUGGUGGCCGGAGUGGGAGGGGCGAACCUGUCGAUCGGAGGCUAGUGUGGGCGGCCGUCCGGAUUCAGUCUGCUUUUCGAGCCUAUUUGGCAAGGAGGGCAUUGAGGGCCCUUAAGGGGCUGGUUAAGCUGCAAGCCCUAGUAAGGGGCCACAUUGUCCGAAAGCAAAGUGCGGACAUGCUUCGGCGCAUGCAGGCCAUGGCCCGAAUCCAGGCCCGGGCCUCUGCACAUCGAUCUUACACGUCCGAGUUGCCCAGUGCAAAAACCGUCUUCUCCAAUUCCCAUCAUCCCGGCUGCAUGAACCACAUAAAAUAUGAAGAGAAGUCAAAUAGCAUAAGCAAUGGUGGAUCACCUCAAAAGCGUAACAACACGAACUCACGCAGCAGCACCACCAGCAACAAUGAGAACUCUCAAAUCGCCUCUCAAUGGCUAAGCCAUUGGAUGGAGCAAUGCGCCUGGGAUCAAAAGAACCCCCCUGUCGACACCCGAGCUGACAAGAUCCUCGAAAUCGAUACGUGGAAGCCCUGGCGCAACAGAACUCAGAAUGACCAAAAUACACCCACCUCCCAAUACUUGUCUGCAUACAAGGCGCACCCCAGCGCAUCCCCCGAGGAUGCCUCGGCCGUCGGUGGGGAUCACCAGCAGGCAGCAGGGCACACACGUGCGGGGGAUGACAGCCCGAGGGUGCGUUUGGCUUCUGGUAGACCCAAUGUAAGAGGGACCGAGUGUUCGAGAAGCUUGUUUGGGGACAACCCGAGCUACAUGGGCAACACCAAGUCUUCCCGCGCCAAGGUCAGGUCUCACAGCGCGCCAAAGCAGAGGGUGCAAAUGGAGCUGCUAAGUGCCUCAUAUGGGUGGGAGAAUUCAGACACGGUCUCUGAAAGGGGUUCAUUCUCCAUGGCAGGGCCCAGGGGAGCUGGUUAUCGUUACUCGGGUCAGGUGAGAAGGCAAGGAAUUCCCGUGUGGGAUGGGGCUGCUGCCAGGUUUGGGUCCAUUUAUAGCCGUAAGAUGUAA